AUGCAUAAGAAUACCAUUCAAACAUCAAUUACUUUGAAACCACUGGAAGAACAAAUUUUAUCACAAAAAUUAAGUCAAUUAUCUAUUACAACAACUAAUGAAAUAAUAGAAAUUCCAGAUUAUCUAUCAAAAGAAAAUCAAUCUUUCAAAUGCAUGUUAACUGAUUCAAUGUCCACAACAGCAAUGGUAAAAUUGAAUCACGUAGUGGAAGAAUUACGACAAAUAGCCAUUUUAAUCCAUUCAAUGAAGGUCAAUCGAAUAUAUCAUCCUCUGUGGACUAUUUAUUUAAAAUCUGGUAUGGGACAACUUUUUCUUCAAUCGAAAGAACAAUCAAAUUAUUCAACACAUUUACAGAUAUGGCCAACAGAAAUUAAAAAAAUGAUACAAAAUUCAACCAAUGCGAAUGAUAUUUAUAUGAACUACGUUAAUAAUCAUUUACUAACAUUAGAUGUUCAAUUUAGACAAUAUGAAGUUGAACUAGAUAAGAAAACAAAAAAUUUUCAUGGUUAUUCAUUACAACUUCAACGUUUAGUUGAAACAUAUAUUGAACGGAAUAUAUCUUCUUUACGUAUGGAAAUUAAACAUAAAAUUGAACUUGUUCACUAUGAUUAUCAUAUUCAAGCAAUCAAAUUAGCAUAUUAUCGUCAUCAUCCAAGUGAAUAUCAAAAACGACUAAUGCAACAACUUUGUUCUGCUAAAUUCGAACAAGAACUGACAGAACAAGAAUUUCAUUUAGUUCAACAACAAAUAUCCCAUUAUAAUUCGUCAUGUCAAUCCUUCGAAUCUUCAACUAUAUGUAAAUCAAUAUUACUUGAUUCUAUUCAAGAUUCAAAUAUUCGUCAACAACUGCUGGAUCAAUAUCAAGAUAUUGCUCAGCAAUCAAAAAUGAGUAUGUUAACUCUUUUUAAAGAGUCAGCUAAAAUUCAAAUGGAUGAAUCGAAAAACAAAUUUGAAAUGGCUAUGAAACAAACAUGGUAUGAUCGUCAUCUAUCUUCGGAUAAUGACAAGAUUCCCUUGGCUAUGAUCAAUCUCAUCGAACAACGUUAUAAAAAGAUCAGUGAACGUAUUCAAUGCGUCUACAAAUUUAAAGCUGAGACUAUACUUUCUAUACCUAUUUCUCUUCUAGAUAAAAUUUACAUCAUAGUUUCGACUAUGAAUGUCGACGAUACUAAUGAUCUAGACGAUCACCGACUUCCUCGUCAAAGACGACGAAAACAAUGUCAUGGUAAUCGACGAGAUCAACGUUUUCGAAGAAAAUAUCGUAAACGAAACAUGCAAGAAAAAACAAUAAAAAAGUUACUCGAUCGACGACAUCAAGCUGCUACUACUACUACUACUAAUAAUAAUAAUAAUAUGGAAAUAGUGAAUUCGAACCAAAGAUCGACUACAAUAAAUGAUACAUCAAAAUUGGCGAUGAUCAAUGAUAAUAAACGUAAAAGAGAUGUUCUAUCACAAGAACAAAAAUUAAAUCAAAUUAUGAUUAAAUCAACAAGUCAAUUACUUAUUGAUCCACCAUUAUCGAAAAAAAUGAAAGAAAAAGACAGCAAUAGAGUUAAUGAAACAUAUAGGCAACCCAUGUAUUUGAAACGAUUACCAUUAACAUUUUUUCCAAUCUUAAGUAAAAAAUUAAAUUAUACAUUGAAGAAAAAAAACGAACGAAGAAUCUUCUAUGCACGACUCGAUUUGUUAGAUCAGCAAUAUUGUCUGGAAGUUGACCAACAUCUAUGGCAAUCCUAUUUGGAUAUUGGUUUAAGAAAACAGAUAUGGCCAGAUCAACUCUAUACAAUGGCAAAUACAAAUAAUUUUAACGUGUGUCAAGAAUAUCUUAUAAAUUAUAUAAAUGAUAUCAAACAACAACUACAUCAAUGUCAGAUGGAAUUAACUAAACUAUAUCAAUCACGUCCUAUAGCUACAUUGUCAAUGAAUGAAGUGGAUCGUUGCCUAAAAGAAUUCAUUGUUUGUCAACGCAAAUAUUUAUCAAUUCGAAAUAAUAAUCAAUUGGUGAAUUUUCAAGAUGAUCUCAGCGAAAAAGAAUUAUUUACGCUUGUAUCUGCAUAUAGUCUUACAACAAAUCAAAAUGAACAUAUGCAUCAAUUAAUAACAAUACGUGAACAACAAGUCAAAUUUUGGGAACAACUUCUUAUGUUAAGAAUGCGAAUUCUUGAUAAAUUUUUACCUCAACAUUUCGAUGAUCUCGAACAUUUUAUAGCACCAAAUAUCUAUUCACCUGUCAUUAGCAAUACAAUUGCCAUUCAAUUUAAAAAUAAACAUUAUAAAAUUAUACAAGAAGCAAAACGUUCAUGGCUCAAUAUUACAUUACAUGCCUAUGAAAUUAAAAUUCAAGAAUAUGAUCGUCAAUAUCAAUAUGAAUUGGUACAAUUGAAAUCACGAUUAUUGAAUUCUAUGACUUUGAAUGGUGAAUCGAUGUUUCAUCAUCUUAAUGAAUACGCGAAUAGUCGAACAAAAAAAUUAAAAGCGGAUAUUCAUCAUAGAGUAUCAUCGUAUCGUAAAAUAUUACUUCAAAAUCGUCAACGUUCACCAUCGACGAAGAACAUCAUUGGCGUCUCUCCUGAACCUUUUCUUGAUCUAAUGUUUAAUCCAUUCAAUACAAAUGAAUGGAAUCAUCUUUCAUUGGGUCCAUCUUGUAUACGAUUGAAUCAAAGUGCUAUUCGUCCUCGACAUCAACAAGAAAUUCAAAUAAAAAAAGAAUAUAGUGAUAUUAAUCAAAAAGUUGUCCAGUAUCUUACAUCGCCUCCACGUAAUAUACCAUCAAGAGCAAUGAUUCUAAAAACAUAUUCCGAUGAUCUACUUAAUUAUUUCAAUCAUGCUUAUUUUGCUCCACAACCCUAUAAGGAUCAAACACAAGCACUCACACAAGCAAUUGCAGCUUUAUCGAUUCGACAAAAAAUUAAAAAAUUCAAUCUUAUUCUUCGUGUUACUGAUAAGAGUCACAAUUUUUAUAUUGGUUCAGCAAUUGAAUUCGAGAAGAAAAUUCAAACAUUUUUUCAAGAUACAAAUGCUUUCGUGGUAUUAAAAGAAAAUCCAUUCGAUGAAAUUUUAACUAAAGUUAUUCAACUACUUAAUCGACUUAGUGGGAAGAAACUUAUUCUACAAUGGCAAAGCAAAAAAAUGAUGCCUAAUCGAGCAAAAUCUGUAUUGGCUCACCUCUAUUUUAAUCCUAAAACGCACAAGAUUGGUAUACCAGUUCGACCGAUUGAAAAUACAAUAGGUGCUCCAACAACAAAUAUUUCCGAUUUCUUAGAUGAAAUUAUACGACCGAUAUUCGAUAGUAAAUGUGGUCCAACAAGUAUCAUUGAUGGAGCUUCUCUACUUAAAGAACUUUAUAAAUAUAUCAAAAAGGGACUUUUUAAAGCGUCCACUCUUUUCUGUACCUUUGAUAUACGAAAUUUAUAUACCAUGUUACCACAAGAAGAAGCAUUGGACAUUCUUAUUGAAUUUCUUCACGUACAUGGAUAUACGAAAGUCAAAGGAAUUUCUCUUGAUACAAUAAGAAUAUUAGCUGCUAUUGUAUUGCAAGAGAAUGUCUGUGUUUACAAUAAUAAAAUUUACAAGCAAAUGCUUGGUGGUGCAAUGGGUUCAUCGUUUACAUUAACUUUAGCCAAUAUAUUUAUGUGGAAAUGGCAAAAAGAAUUCGUUCGUCGACAAGAUAUAUCAGGUGAAUUUUAUGGCCGAUAUAUCGACGAUAUUUUCAUGACAUGGAAUAAAUCUGAAAAUGAAUUGCGAAAAUUAUUAGAUGCAGCCAAUAGUUGGCAUCCAAAUAUUAAAUUAGAAUAUAAGAUUAGUAAGAGCCUUCCAUUCCUCGAUGUUCUUCUUACAAACAGCAAUGGUAUUCUAUUAACAUCCGUCUAUCAUAAGCCAGCCGCUGAACCCUAUGUCGUACCAUUUAUUUCUGAUCACCCUCGACAUGUCUUCAUUAAUGUUAUUCAAACUAGUCUCGCACGUGCUGCACGAUAUAGCUCUACACUUGAAGCUUUUAACCAUGAACAACGUUAUAUUCAAUUAACUCUACUCUAUAAUGGGUAUCCAUCCACAUUUAUAGAUAGAGAAUUUCUUAAGUUCUUUUUCGGUUAUAUAUCUUCAACUUCGUUUUUGCCUAUAAUCGAUGAUGAAAAACAAUUUCUUAAAAUGCAUCGUAAAUUAUUGGAUCAACCAACAUUGAGUCAAUCACAAGCAGCACUUAGUGCAGCUAUGGCAGAUAUCGAUAAUGACCAAACGGAUGAAACAGUCAACGAAUCGAAAGAAUCAAAAAAUUACAAUGACAAGUCAAAACAACAUUGUAAUGAUAAAUUAAUUAUUCAUUAUACGCAUGAAAAGCGUAUUCAUUCAUUCAAAAAAGAGAUGCAUCGUAUUUAUGAGCAUGUUUUCAAUAAUACACCAGUUAGCCAUGUGAAAAUGAUUGUCGGUAAUCGUAAUCGUCAAGAUGCAAAACGUGAACUCAUUCGUAAACGUCCUAAACAAUCAUUAUUACAAAAUAAACCAAUAAAAAGAAGACGAAAGAAAACAAAGAGAUUAUCAAAAUCAAAAACUUCAAUGGAACAACAACAAUAG